AGAGAGAGAGGGGGCAGAGCAGAGCAGAAGAAGAACAGUUUCUGCUCCUUUUGUCUUUGCAUGGAACUGGGAACCACAAGAGAGUCAUCCUAUUUGACUUUGUAAAACAGGUAAAGGACACACCAAACUCACGGGCGGCCAUUAAGGGAAUGAAUCCCUCUGCCCUUUCCGGCAACCCUCCUUCCAUUGCCCCCUCCCGUGACAUGGCCUCAUGGCCGAGGCAUGAUUUCCUUGCCGCUACUGCUUACGCACAGAAUCGCCUGCCAGUUUGACAAAUCUCCCCUGAGAAAAAUCUUUCCUACCCACCUCCCUCUCUUGCUCCUGACGACCUCUUCCAUGCAUUCACAUUAAUGGCGGCCUUUAAUACGUUGUGCACUGAACGAGGUGAGUGUGCUGUUCAAGAGACUCCUGUUGGGCCGACGACGGCGCUCAUCUAAUACCAAAUUCGAUUAAAUUCAAUUCUUCAGUUUCUUGAAUUGUUUUCCUUCCAAAUUUUCAUGCUUCCGAGAAGAGGGAGGUAGAGAAGAACUUGGAAAGAAGGAAGAUGGGAGUCGCUGGAAUGACUCUGCUUUUGGUGUUCUUGAUGCUUCUUUCUGCAUGUUCUGGCAGAAUGGCCAAGCAUGGUGGAGAUGAGGCUUCGGCUCUGUUGGAGUUCAGGAAGGGGUUGAGAGACCCACUGGGAGUGAUGCAGGGGUGGUCCAGAGACGUUCAUGUCUGCAAGUGGAGAGGUGUUGAAUGUGGUGAUGCGGAAAGGGGAAGGGUGGUGGGCUUGAACUUAUCUUCUUCUGCUAUAGAAGGUGUUAUCCCGCCGUCAAUCUCUAGGCUCCGCCACUUGAGCUCUAUAGACCUUUCAUCCAACCGGCUUAGCGGUGCGAUUCCUUCAUUCCUCUGUCGCCUCACCAAUCUGACAACCCUCCUGCUGUUCUCCAACAACUUCGCCGGCUCAAUUCCUAAGGAGCUGGGAAGCUUGAGCAGGCUUGAGGUUCUCCGCAUUGGCGAUAACAAUCUCUCUGGCGAGAUUCCGGCUGAGCUCGGUAACUGCACCAAGCUCAGAUUUUUGGCCUUGGCUUCCUGUUCACUCACUGGCUCCAUCCCAACUGAACUUGGUAAGCUCAAAUGUCUGCAAAAUCUUAUUCUCCAGCACAAUAUGCUGAAUGGUUCCCUACCGAAGGAACUUGGUAAUUGUGAAAAUCUGGCCAUUUUCGCUGCUGAUAACAAUUAUCUGCAUGGAGAUAUCCCCCCUGAAUUAGUUAGAGGUUUGAAGAGUCUCAGGAUUUUUAAUCUUGCUAAUAACACUCUAUCUGGCGAACUUCCUCCAGAAGUAGGCGAAAUUUCCACAUUGACAUACGUUAAUUUGGCUGGCAAUAGAUUAGAAGGAAGAAUUCCUGAAUCACUUGGGACUCUCAGUAAUUUGCAGACCCUUGACUUGUCCCGCAACAUUCUCGUCGGUGCAUUACCGGAGACAUUAGGUGGACUGAAGAACUUGGAAUAUCUGUUCUUGAUGGAUAAUCAGCUACAAGGGACGUUUCCUAUAAGUCUAUGUGAUGGUAAUACUACUUUGGCGCAUCUGAGCCUUGCUAAUAAUGGAUUUUAUGGUGCCAUACCAAAGGAGAUUGUAGGCUGUCAAAAUUUGGUGGACUUGGAUCUUACAGACAACCAAUUCAAUGGGUCUAUUCCUGUUGAGAUCGGCGAGCUAGCUCAGAUCGCUCAACUCCUGCUGAACAACAAUAGUUUAACAGGGAACAUCCCAAGUUCAAUUGGACAGCUCACCAAUCUGGAAAUUCUCUCUCUUUUUCACAAUCGAUUGGCUGGUCGCAUCCCAUCCGAGAUUGGCAAACUUCAGAAUUUGAAGAUCUUUUAUGCUUAUGAAAACCAACUUUCAGGAAACAUACCAGAAGAAAUUGGUAACUGUUCAAGUUUGGAAAUGGUGGACCUGUUUGGCAACCAUCUGAGUGGAAGCAUACCUGUCUCAAUUGGAAUGCUGAAGAAGCUGAGCUUCCUUCAUCUCAGACAGAAUGAUUUGCAUGGUGAGAUCCCGUCUAGCAUGGGCAAUUGCAGGAGCCUUCAGACACUCGACCUCGCCGACAACCAGCUGUCUGGAAGAAUCCCAGAAGCAGUGGGCUCCCUUCAUUCCCUCGAGUUUUUCAUGCUAUAUAACAAUUCCCUUGAAGGUCCACUUCCAACGGAGUUGGGGAACUGCCGAAACCUGACCAGAAUUAAUCUCUCUAACAACAAAUUGAGUGGCAGCAUUCUUCCUCUCUGUUUUUCCAGUCAUCUGCUUUCUUUUGAUCUUACUAACAACAGCUUCCAAGGAAGGAUACCCCCUCAGUUAGGAAACUCACAAGACCUUGAGCGCAUUCGACUUGGAAAUAAUCUUCUCACUGGAAGAAUUCCUCCUGAGAUUGGAAACAUCAUGCAGCUCUCAAUUUUAGAUCUCUCUAAUAACAGACUUACUGGACCAAUACCAAAUUCCUUGUCUGUAUGCAAAAACCUUACCCACAUUGACCUAAAUGGUAACCUUCUCUUUGGUGAAAUCCCUUCUUGGUUCGGUAUAUUGUCCGGACUUGGUGAGCUGAAACUCUCUUCAAACUUAUUCACUGGUCCAAUACCAGACAAGCUCUGCAACUGCACCAACCUUCUCACCCUGUCAUUGGCAAGUAACAAUAUCUCUGGUUCCAUUCCUUCUUGUAUCAGCAAUCUAGUAUCUCUCAAUGUACUUUCCCUUGAGAGCAACCAGCUUACUGGUCCAGUCCCACCCUCGAUCAGAUACUGCCAGAAGCUAUUUGAGUUGAGACUGGCACAUAAUGGCCUUGAUGGAGUCAUUCCCCGUGAAGUUGGUUCUCUUCAAAAUUUGCAAAGCAUGUUAGAUCUUAGCUAUAACAGGUUUUCUGGGGAGAUACCUCCAUCCCUUGGAAGCUUAUUAAAAUUGGAAGUGUUGGAUCUUUCUCACAAUGCUUUGGAAGGAAGGGUACCUAAAGAGCUUGGUGACAUGAUCAGUUUGGUUGCCCUGAACUUGUCACGCAAUCAUCUUCAAGGUGGGAUAUAUCCAUCUUUGGCACAUUGGCCUCCGUCUUCUUUCUCAGACAAUGCAGGCCUUUGUGGAUUACCCUUAGCUUUAUGUGAACCCAGUACUGGUUCAUCACCCAACAAUGUAGCUAGAUUAUCCAAGUCUUGGGUCCUGGCUAUCAGUCUGUUCUCCACCUUGAUUCUAGCACUUAUUUUGGUUUUCACCAUACUGAUGCACCUAAGGAGUCAAGACAAAUUCUUAAGUCGCCGCAGAUUGCUGUCUUCUUCAUAUGAUUAUUACUAUUAUGACUCUUCGAGGCCUGCAAGUAGAACGCAAAAGAAGGGUGUUCUAGAGCGUAGAUGGACCUUUGAGGAGAUAAUGGAAGCAACUGACAACCUGAGUGCAGCAUCUGUAAUUGGUUCAGGUGGAUCAGGGACAAUUUACAAGGCCCCGAUGCCGGAUGGGCAAGUCUUGGCAGUGAAAAGGAUAGUUACAAGCAAAGAUGAAGAAGCUACACUGAAGGACAAGAGCUUCAUCAGAGAAUUACAGACACUAGGAAGGGUCCGGCACCGGCACUUGGUGAAGUUGAUUGGCUUCUGUGUGCGGAAUGGUGCUAAUUAUCUGAUUUAUGAGUACAUGGAAAAUGGAAGUUUGUGGGAUUGGUUGCAUUCGGACUCAAAGAAGAGUAAGGAUGGGAAGGUGUUGUCAUGGGAAGCAAGAUUCAGGAUUGCGGUUGGGUUGGCCAAGGGAGUUGAGUACCUACACCACGACUGUGUGCCUAAGAUUGUGCAUAGGGACAUAAAGUCUAGCAAUGUGUUGCUUGAUGCAGACCACGAAGCGCAUCUGGGAGACUUCGGGCUGGCAAAGGUGCUGGUUGAUGAAUCUAGUUCAGGCAUGUCUUCGUCUUCUGUGGUUAAUGGGGACUCCACAAGCACUUUGUUUGCAGGAUCCUAUGGCUACAUUGCUCCAGAAUACGCAUAUUCAAUGAAGGCCACAGAAAAGAGUGAUGUGUACAGCAUGGGGAUAGUAAUGAUGGAGUUAGUGAGUGGGAGAAUGCCGACCGAUUCAAGGUUUGCUGAAGCUAUGGAGGAUAUGGUCAAGUGGGUUCAGAGGUGUGUUACCAGCCGCAGCAGUAGCAGCAGCAGCGGUGACGGCGGCGGCACCUCGCGUAGUCCUGGGUGCGAAGAAGUAGUUGAUGAGUGCUUGAAACCCUUGAGCCAACAUGAUCUAGACUCUGUUUUUGAGCUGCUAGACAUAGCCGUCGAGUGCACCCGAUCAAACCCCUCGGACCGGCCGGCGGCCCGGCAUGUCUCUGACCGGCUGCUGCAUAUGAGUAGGAGACAUAGGACCACUCCCAACUGCACCAAAAGGGUGUCUUCUUCUACCGACUACGAUUGACCAUCCUGCUUUUUGUUGAUAUGGCUUGGCUUUCCUUGAUUCUUUUUGGGUUUGUCUUUAUGGUUAGAAUAUUGUCAUUAUGGGGCCCUUUUGAUCA